AUGACGAAACGGAAAUGUGUGUGUGUGUGUGUGUGUGUGUGUGUGUGUGUGUUUUCCUCUCUCUCUCUCUCUCUCUCUCUCUCUCUCUCUCUCUCUCUCUCUCUCUCUCUCUCUCUCUCUCUCUCUCUCUCUCUCUCUCUCUCUCUCUCUCUCUCUCUCUCCUCUCUCUGUUUCUCUCUCUCUCUCUCUGAUGCCGUGCCCACGUUAACGGUGGCCGAGGGCCAGAUGCAAGUCGCGACCACCCGCGGCUUUGUUGUGGAUGGCUGGGACAUUGUGGCCACCCUAUCCCAAAUGCUGGCCGAUGCCACCGCACUCAACGCUUCUGUCACCGCUCAAGAGCUCGCCACAGCCAGCCGUCUUGAACGUCUGGAAACGCGCAUCGAGGCCCAAACUGCCAACAUCUCUUCCCUGCACAUGCUCGCCACCAGCCUCCAAGCUAACCUGACCGCCGCUGCCGAGCGCGAGGCGCAGCUUGAGGCCAAGGUUCAAAGCCUCACAGAGCAGCUGGCAACCGCACUGAAUCACCAAGCCCUGCUGCAAGAGCGCAUUGUCAAUCUCACCAACGGCACGGACUUACGCCUGGCCACUCUGGAGCAAGACAUGGAUGCCACGCAAGCGCGCAUUGUCAAUCUCACCAACGGCACGGACCUACGCCUGGCUACUCUGGAGCAAGAAGUGGAUGCCGCCGCUGGCACUGCUGCCGGCGCUCUUUACAACAUAUCUUUCCUGCAGGAAACCAUCAAGACAUUUGAUGGCGAGCUAGAGCGCAUCGAUGAAGCCUUGGAGCAGGUCGAGGCUGGUGCAAACAUUGAGGAGGUUUUCAUAGACGCAGGCAGCGGCUACGCCCAGCUUUAUGACAAUGACACCUGGCAUGCGAUGCAGCUGAGCGUGGCACUGCCCACGAGUCCAGCCGUCACGGUUUGGCGCAAUCGCCUCGUUGCUGCAGGAGGGUCUGGAUCAAGCGCCGUCUUUGCCAUCUCCGCCACGGGCUUUGUGUCCCGGCUUCUGAGUCUACCCAUUAUCAUCACCGGCGCUGCUGCUGCCACCUUCCAAGACAAGAUCUAUGUCGUGGGGGGUGGCCCUCACAAUGACAAUGGCCAGAACCGACUGCGCAGUGUCUAUAUUUAUGAUGGUGUUUCUUGGACGGCUGGCCCGCCCCUCAACGGCCCCGGCCGCUCGGGUCUCUCGUGUGCUACGUUUCAAGAUGAGCUUGUGUGUGUGGGUGGCUUCUACUACAUCAAUGACAACGUACGCUGGGGCUCUGUGAGCACAGUUGAGAUUUUCAACGGCGUGUCCUGGCGGUAUGGCCAAAACUUGCCGCGGCCGGCCGCCAGCAUAGGCCUUGUGGCCUACCAGAACUCCCUUUACAUCUUUGGGGGCCUGGACCAUGAGAACAGCUAUUCCUAUUUCGACAGUAUUCUGAGGAUGGAUGACCUGAACACGGUCUUUGGAGGUGAAGUGUACUUGGUGGGUGGCGCUAACGGUCCCUCUGACAACACCGGUCUUCUGAGAAUUGUGGAGAGCUUCAAUGGCACGGCCCUCACGCCCCGCCCAGACCUCAUUUACGCCACCUUUCUCAACGAAGGCGGCAGAGGGAGGGAAAGAUUUUGGGGUCGAGACGAGCUCAAUGAGCUCAAUGGCGGCGGUGGUGAGACGACGGUGGUGGCCAACGGCACGCUGGCGUACAACGAUUCAGCCGACCUUUCACCCAUGCACGCGAUUCAAGCCACCAACUGGACAGCCGUCGUUGCUACCAUCCAGGACCCCAGCAACCGCGGCUACCUCGUUGGCAGUUGCAUGACGGCCGCACUCAUCCUCGCCUUCUUUGGCUACCGCCUCAUUCGAAUCUGGCUCUUCAUCGGCGGCUUCGCCUGUGUGGCAGCCUCUUUCUACAUAUGGUCACCAACGGUGCUAGCCAUGCCUCAAUGCUGUGGUCCUGGCACUGAGCAAAGCCACCUCCACAUGUUCAGUGACAACAGCAACUUUGCCGUUAUUUAUCUGACCGCCUCGGUCCUGGCCGGCCUACUGGCCCUGUACAUUGAAAAACCCAUCAUCGUGGGCAGCACGGCUUUGAUGGGCUCGUUUGGCUUUUGCUGUGGGUUGGGCUAUUUCGAACACUGCAACUUUCUAAAAGUAGCCAUCGUGCUCGAAGAGGAUAUUUUGGCCCCCUUGGAGGCUUCGCAUGACACCAUACCUGCAUGCGACAACCUUCUCGUGGGCCUGUGGCUUUUCUUGGCACUUUGCAGCAUGGUCGUGCAGUAUCGCAAUGCAAGCUUUUGCGACAACUCGGCUCUUCCAGAGCGUUCGACAGCAGAUUUGCGCCGUGAUCGCCAAGGCUAUCGUCCAACAGAAAUUGUCUACGUCAAGAAACACCGCUCACGCGACCGCAACCGAGAUCGCGACCGGGAUUCGGUGCGCUCCCACUACAGCGGGCGCCAGAGUGGUAGGCAUCGGGCUGACGCCCACGUUCAUGCUUCGCAUCAUCGCAAGACUGGCCGCUCGGUUCGAGCGCGCACGUGGCGUCGCGAACAAAGGUCAGCCUUUGCGCCUGCCGCGGCAGUUGCAGAUCCCAUUGACUUUGCGCCAGCUCUUGCUUCCGAGAAAUGA